UCUUACACUUUUGCUCAGAUUAGUUUGGCCUGGAGACAGAGGAGGCUGCAUAGAGAAGUGACAGCAACAUGUACAAAACUAGCUACUUGCGAGAAGUUCACAAAGAAAAGUAUGAAAGGUCUGAUGGCUAUGAUGAGCAAAGUCUGGUAGAUAUUAGGAACCUUGGCUUAUCGCAGGCACAAGGUCUCGAAAACUUGCAGGAGCUAAAUGAAAGGUUUGCUAAUUACAUAAAUCGAGCUAGAGUGCUAGAGCAAAGAAAUGCAAUCUUUAGGAAGCAGCUGGAGACCUUCCAAAGGAUGGAUGAGAUAUCUGGCCUUGAAGAAGCUUUUGCAGAACAGAUUGAGCUGAAUCGGCAGAGAAUCCGUGAGUUAUCUUCUGACCAGUCCAAGCUUGAGAGGGAGUACAAAGAUGCCCAGAGGAUGGUUGAUGAAUACAAAAACAAAUAUAAAAAUGAAUAUGAGUAUCAAUUGCUUCUGAAAGACAAUCUUGACGGACUGAACAAGGAAGCCGAUGAAGCUUUACUCAGUAAUCUAGAACUUCAGAUCGAAUCCCAGUUCCUACAAGAUGACAUUAAUGCAGCAAAGGACAGAAACAAAAAGAAUCUCAUGGAAAUUCAGACCUAUGUCAGCAUAUUGCAACAAAUUAUCCAGACAACGCCUCCUGUGACUGCCAUUACCGUCAGCAUGUAUGAAGAAAAGCUGAUAUCUGAACGAAGAAUCCCUAUACUACAAAGCCAACUGGAGGAAUAUAAGAGCAUCUUAUGUCAGCUACAGGCACAGAAGUGUAAGCUACAGUCUGAGACUUCCAUGCUAGAACAAGCUAUUAAAAACACCCAGGAAAGCUACGAUGAUGAGAUACAGUUGUACAAUGAACAGAUUGAAGUGCUUAGAAAAGGGAUAGAAGAAGCUGAAAGGAACUUGGAGAAGUUCACCAAUGAUUGUCGCCAGCUAGCAAUAUACCAGCAGUCCUUGGAAAAUGAAUUAGAGAGGUAUAAACGUAUCAUCGAGAAUGAGGAUAACAGACUGAAUUCUGCAAUAGUUGGAACCCCAAUCACACUCUUUAUGCAGAGUUACAAAUCCUCUCAGUUAUCAUCCACAAGAGGAAAAGAUAUUACUCUAGCUAUACAAGAUAUUGCUACAGCAAAGCCAAGGCAAAAAGGUGUUCCAAAGAAGAUAUCAAGAAGGAAGGAGCUUUCAAUGGAUAAAAGUGAUGUUAGCAAUGAGGACAAAGUCCUAGAGAGAAAACAAGAUAGUUCUCAUAAGACAGAAGUGAAAUACGAUAAUUCGGUACAUGGUGAAACUGAGAAAGUAUAUGAAAUGCUAGAGCAUAGUUUGUCUCCAGAAGAUGUACCAGAUGGAGCACAGAUAAGUAAAGCCUUUGACAAACUAUGUAAUAUAGUAAGAGAUAGAAUAAGAGGGUACAAGAAACCAGAGCCUUCUCCAGAUUUGUUCACUAAAGGUCGUUAUGUACUUGUCACAGGAGAAUCAAGUUACUUGGAUCCUUGCUUCUAUUCCUCCACUCCGCACACAGGAGGUAGGAUAUCUGUUAGCAUUUUUCAUGAUUUACUACAAGGAGAUGACAUUGUACUACCUAUCCCAGAAUUACCGGAGCCUUCAGAACCAUCAGAGAGUGAAGAAGAUGAUUCUUCUUCAAAUGAGAAAGAAGAUGAACCAGAAGAUGAUCAUGAUGAUGACAAACCUAAAGAUGAAGAUGAUGAGAGAAAGGAUCAGGAAGGCAAAGACCCAGAGGAUAAAAAAGAUGCCCAAAAGCCCUCAGAUGUCACCAGACCAGAUGACUCACGACAUGGGUCAAGGAGUUCCACUUCUGAUUCAGUAAAGAGCCAGAGGCUCAGCAGCGGUCACAAUAAUGACAAAGAGCCUAAGAGUCUAAUGUCUUUCAGAGGAAGGGAUUUCCCAAGUUCUAUGAGUUACGAAAAAGUUGAAGUUGUAGAAUCAAUUGAAAAGAUUUCCGAUGACAAAAUUAAGAGUUAUGAAGAAACAGCCACGAUUGUGGAAACCAUGAUCGAAAAAACAAGAAAAAAAUAAUAUAUUAGUAUUGUUUUUUAGAAAUGACACAUGGUUUCUGAGACUAUAUUUUGUUGCUUUUCUGCUAAAAGAUGCAUUUACUGGACUGCUAGAUACAACCUGUAACAUAGUAUCCAGUAUGCAUUUGAUUUGAUAUUUCUAUUAUCGUACUGAGAAGAAAAUAACUGUAGUUACCAUUAAAGUAAAUUCAGUUUUUAAGUGAGAAACAGUCUGUUUGCAGUUAUUGACAAACUGAAACUGAUGAAUGCUCAUGGAAGGUCAACGACGAUUUGUAACAAUCAAGUUUAUGGAGAUAAAAUUAAGAGAUAUCCCGUGACCUAACAAUCAGAUGACAUGAAAGCAUUUAUAGCACGUACUACAUUGUGAUAUGCCAAGUAGGAAUACCUUAUAAGGGUUCAUAUUAGCUAAUAAUAAACAGAUGAAUAAGUAGAGCCACUUUGUAUUAGAACAUUUGUAGUUACUAAAGGGGAGAUCUAUCAAACCUUCCAAAGAGGACAUCAGCUUCUAGCUAUCACUUAGCAAAUAUAUUCUACAGAAUGAUGGAUAAAAUUGUUAUAAAAAUGGUGGUUUGUUGCUAUGGGCAACUGUUCCACCUGUUCUCUGUACAAGAUUUGAUACAUCUCUCUCUCAGAGAAUUAAUCUAUUGUUCAAUGAAAGACACAGAUAAUUACGUUCAUGGUUUUUUGUUGUUCAGUGAAAUGACGUAGAUUUUUAGCUUGCUGCUAUGACUAAUAAAGA